AGGUCACAAGGCCACAAACUAGCAAACAGUGAUCCAAACUGAUGCCUAUAUCAACGCAGCUUAAAGAAGAAAGACUGGCAUACAACAUGAGGCGAGUCUUGUGAUGAAGGGAAGGCUGGGAGCAUCAACUCUACAACAGCCAUACAUGUUAGUCUUGAGCAAAACCAGACUAAAACAGCUGGCACCGGAUACUGGUGGGGUGAAGGCUUUCCCCAUCCAGGGACCCUGGAAGGAUGAGCGGGUGCGACUUGCUGGUAUGACAGAUGCUGACCGUGCUUUCCGCAAACAGUGGCUGAAGGACCAGAUCUUGGCUGAGAGUGAACCAGCAGUGGUCCCAGGAUAUUAUGAGGCACGCUACAACCCCAUUCGCCGCUUCUACCGCUGGCCCCUUGACACCCUGUUCAAGCCAUUGGUGCCCAUGCUGGGUUAUGAGAAAGCAGCUAAAUAUCGCUGGUAUACUGGCAAGAUUGGCCUGGUCCUUGGUGGAGUUCUCCUCACUUACUACUACUUUAAGUAUAAUACAAAUGAUUGGACGAGGAAGGGUGGCUGGCGUGUGCUUCACUCCAUUGAGAACGUGGUCCCCGGCGAUCCCCGCUAUCCCAUGGUAUCCGAUAGGAAAGUGGGAGCAGAUUAUGCCUCCGGAAAUUUCAAAAACAGUCCAAUUUAAGUAUUUAACUCUUCUCUUUAUUCUUUGUUAGUUAAGUAUUUCCUUUUAUCAUCCUUCCAGUUUCAGUCUGGCAUCGCCAGUUUGAUGUGGUAUUGUACAUAGUAGGUGCUGUGCGGAAAAGAAUAAAUAUUUAAUAAUU